AGAACAAUUUUCUUUUGUUCUGGAGGUAUGCAUAGACGGAGGAGUCACCUGUGCUCCGACUCGGCUUCAGUUGCGGGGAAAGAACAGCGCCGUCCGGAUCGCGUCACAGAAGUCCUGUCGUGUUCUCCUACGCGGUGACGAGCCUCUGGAUCGACGAAGAACGAGUUAACGAAGAUGUUUAAUAAUCGAGUCCUCAAGAGAGAACUAUCAUCAUCCUUGCAAAUUCUGAUGUUGAUGGCCCUCGGCAGCGUGCUCAGUUCCACCUGCACUUUCAUCCUCUUGUCACCCCCUGUCCCUGAGCGCAGGUUGUAUGAAGUGAAAAGAAACUCAGCGAGAGACAGGCUGCGAGAACAGCAUGAAGCCUUUCACAAAGACGAGAGCGCACAAGCAGAAAAACUUGCAGAACAAGUGCGGAUCUUGUGCCUCGUCAUGACAAUGGAGUCCAACCACGAGAAGAAGGCGGUUCACCUUAAAAACACUUGGGGAAAAAGAUGCAACAAACUCAUCUUCAUGAGCACAAAGGACGAUCCGCUGCUUGGAGCCAUCGACGUGGAUGUCCCGGAGGGGAAGAAGUACCAGUGGGGGAAGGCCAAGGCCUCUCUCAAGCACGCGUUCGACCAUCAUUCCCACGCCUUUGACUGGGUCUUCGUGGCACAAGAGGACACUUACGCCAUCAUAGAGAACCUCCGCUACAUGCUCUCGGUGUACGACCCAGAGGAUCCCAUUUUCUUCGGCUCCAGAAUCAAAUCGCAGGCAAAGCAAGGAAGCGUAAGUCGAAAUGCUGGAUACGUUCUCAGUAAAAGUGCACUGAGAAAAUUCGUUACAGAAGCGAUGACUGAUAGCACAAAAUGCAACGCAAAGUUAGAAGGUUCUGAAGAAAGAGAAAUAGGGGAAUGCCUUGAGAACGUCGGGGUCAAGGCGGGUGACUCGAGAGACAGCCUGGGUCGCGGUCGCUUUUUCCCGUGCAAACCCGAUACGCUCGUUGGGGGCAAGAUACCACAGGCGUACAAGGAGACCGCCUUUUACGCCCCGAGUGCGGGCUUAAAUUGCUGUUCGGACAUGGCUAUCUCUUUCUACAACAUCAACGGGAAAAAGAUGUACGAAUACGAAUACUUUUUCUACCACACGAGACCCUACGGAAUCAAGCAUACAUUCCCAGUCCCUGCGGAGAUGCCGCUCAGUGCAGCCAGCCGGUGAAUGUGCAGUAGGAUGUGGAAAUGGUACCAGCGGAUAAUCGAGCAGUGAUCAGGUGCGGUUUUCACAAAAGGUCUCUCUAUAACUUCUUUGCAAUUUGUCUAUGAUUUGCUUCGUUGCCGCAUCACAACUUUAUUGCUGAUAAUUAUAAUGAACAUUUAUAUCUUUAUAUACCUUUUUGAUAAUCAGCGGUGAUAACAAGCAAUAAAUCUUGCUUAUAAUAUAUCAGAAAUUUUACAAAUGAUAAUAUCUAAAUGUGAUAUGGCAUUGUCACUGUAUCGCCAUUUGUAUUUUGUAGUAAAAUACAGCAGUAAAACUGUAGAAGACGGCUCAAUCAUUGAAAAUUCAUCAAAAGAGGCCUCGACACUUUUCUUGAUAUUUUCAAAGCGGAAAAAUCUUCAACGGCAUAAGAACAAAUUAAAGGCAGUCCUUACGUUUGUAAAUAGAAAAUAUCAGUAAAAUAUAAGAAACGACUGAAUGAACGUUUGACAAUAUAUCAAUAAACCUUGCAUCUAUAAUGACAAUAUUACACAGCUUAUAUAUUUAAUUGUAAAUUGAACAACCACAGGUUUGUUGCCAUUGCAUCAGCUGUAAACCCGCGCACCACCAUUUGUAUUUUGAUUAGAAGUAUUCUUUAAAAAUGUAGAAAAUGGAUCAAAUAAAGUAGAUAAUGAAAAUCAGCCAAGGAAUUCAGGACUUUU